GAUAAAAGCGAAUCAAGCAGGAGGGAAAUAUCGAAAGUGAUUUUCAUUUCGUUCGGUUGAGUUAUCUAAGUUGUCCAACUUCUGAAGCAAUGGGAAAAAGACCAAGGAAACGGAAACUGGAUUCAUGUGAUCGGUGAGGCACGGGCCCUUUACAACCUUGGCAACGUGUAUCAUGCAAAGGGGAAGCACACCAGGUGAUCAGGGAACCAGGACCCCGGGGAAUUCCCUGCAGAGGUCAAGGAGUGUCUGGUCAAAGCUGCUGAAUACUAUGAGGCCAAUCUAGCGAUAGUCCAGGAGCUGGGUGACAGGGCGGCUCAAGGUCGCGCCUGUGGUAACCUUGGCAACACACACUAUCUCCUGGGAAACUUCAGUCAGGCAAUCAUCUACCAUCAGGAGAGGUUAGCAAUAGCCCGUGAGUUUGGUGACAAGGCUGCCGAGAGACGGGCCUACAGUAACCUAGGCAACGCCCACAUAUUCCUGGGAGAGUUUGAAGUAGCUGCUGAACACUAUAGGAAAACUUUACAAAUUGCCAAACAGCUGGGUGACAAGGCGCUGGAGGCCCAGGCAUGUUACAGCCUCGGGAACACAUACACGCUCCUGAAGGACUACGAGCGGGCGAUAGAAUUCCACAUGAAGCACCUCAAGAUCGCCCAGGAGCUUGAAGACCGGGUCGGGGAGGGUCGGGCGUGUUGGAGCCUCGGGAACGCCCACACGGCCCUUGGGCAUAACGAGGAGGCUCUCCAGUAUGCCAGCAAGCAUCUCGAGAUCUCUAAAGAGAUUGGAGAUGAGACAGGUCAGGUGACUGCCCAGAUGAACCUUGCUGACCUCAAGUCAGUGCUGGGCAUCAAAGUGGGGCCAGACGAAGGUCACAGGCCCAGCCCCUUGGACCAUCUGGAUGUUGGAAUGUACCGACGUACCGGCGUCUCCCGGCGACACAGCAUGGAACAGAUGGAGUUGAUGAAGCUCACGCCGGACAAGAAAGGAGAGACAAUCCCAGUACAUGGCGGGGCAAGACCUAAGAUACCAAAGGUGCAGAAAUCCAUGACAGUGGCCACAUCAGAGACAAUCAUAGCCAAGAAUCAGGCCCCUAUGGUUGAGACACUGUCCCCAGAAGAUGAUGGUUUCUUUGAUCUGCUGAGCAAGUUCCAAGGUCGCCGUAUCGACGAGCAGCGGUGCAGCCUCAAGUUGCCUGUGGAGAAAAAUGGACUCCUGGAGUCAGAAAACAAGGAGAACAAACCCAAACUGGUGUCCACCCCAGACAGUGAGAACUUCCUUGACAUGGUGGCAGGCAUUCAGGGGUCACGCAUGAACGACCAGCGAGCCUCACUACCGCAGUUUCCAGGUCUCAACUCCCAAGCCGUUAUCAACCAAUACCUCCGCGAGAGAAACGUUAACGACGUACCAGACGACAGCUUCUUUGAAAUGCUCAUGCGUUGUCAGGGAUCCCGGAUUGAUGAUCAGCGUAGUGCCCUACCACACAACCGCCCCGCCCCAACCGUCCCAGACGAAGAUUUCUUCGGGCUGAUCCAGAAGGUCCAGUCUAGCCGUCUGGAGGAGCAGAGAACCAGUCUACCCGAUAAGGAUGAAAUCUCGCCUCCCCAACAGGCCUCCGUGAAGAAGAAAAAGAAAUAAUGACUAGUCUAGUUUGAUUCCCAUAUGAGCGAGCAAGAAAUCAGGGGAUUAGGCUUGAAACUGGAUCAGCUUUUUAGAUGUUUUUAGAUGAAAUACUUGCGCUGAACCCUUGGAAUAUAAACUGUGUAUUUAGAUGAGAUAGUCUUGCGCUGAACCCUUGGAAUAUAAACUGCGUAUUUAGAUGAAAUACUUGCCCUGAACCCUUGGAAUAUAAACUGUGUAUUUAGAUGAGAUAGUCUUGCGCUGAACCCUUGGAAUAUAAACUGUGUAUUUAGAUGGGAUAGUCUUGCGCUGAACCCUUGCAAUAUAAACUGCGUAUUUAGAUGAGAUAGUCUUGCGCUGAACUCUUGGAAUAUAAACUGCGUAUUUAGAUAAGAUAGUCUUGCACUGAACCCUUGGAAUAUAAACUUCUACUGGCUGGAAUUGAGGAUUUUGUGCAAAAUUGUAUCAGAUAUUUAAUGUAUCAGUUAUAAUAAAAGUUAUGCUCUGAAAUUCUGUGAGAUGUUGACUGCUACUGGUCAGAAGUUCUGCAUGGAGAUAUUGAGAUUGGACGAACGGAAUGAUUUGGUCCAUGGGACUCUGACUUGAAAGCCUUUGUGUGUUCACUAGAUAGGCUGCUAAAUAUUGCUAUUGCUGAUAUUUCUUCUACACAAUCUGUCCAUGCACAUUCUACCUGAUUGUGAGUACCUCCAUUCUACAAAACGGUUCUACUGGUGGAAGUUGUUGUGGAGUUUCAACGUUUUUCAUAGAUCUCAAUUUCGCACUGCAAAUCCCUUUUCAGACUCGUGUUGAUUGAUGACUCAUGAAGACUUCAAUUUGAAUAUGGAAGAAAUCACGAAGAAAACACGCUGCUUUUAAUAAGUUUAAUAUGUUGGUAAAGUUUGUGUUAAAAUUUCACUUGGAAAUUCAAAUGUUUCUUAGUUUUUAUGCCCCCCUUCAAAGAAGAGGGGGUAUAUUGUUUUGCUCAUGUUGGUCGGUCCGUAUGACUGUCGGUCCGUCCACCAGAUGGUUUCCGGAUGAUAACUCAAGAACGCUUAGGUCUAGGAUCAUGAAACUUCAUACAUAGAUUGAUCAUGACUGGCAGAUGACCCCUAUUGAUUCUCAGGUCAAUAGGUCAAAGGUCAAGGUCACAGUGACUCGAAAUAGUAAAAUGGUUUCCGGAUAAUAACUCAAGAAUGCUUAGGACUAGGGUCAUAAAACUUUAGGUACAUAAAUCAUGACUAGCAGAUGACCCCUAUUGAUUUUCAGGUCACUUGGUCAAAGGUCAAGGUCACAGUGACUCUAAACAGUAAAAUGGUUUCCGGAUGAUAACUCAAGAAUGCUUACGCCUAGUUUUGUUUUGUUUUUCUCUUUUGUAUCCUUUAUAUGUAAAAUUAAACAGGGUUUUGCUCAAAAGAAGCCCUUUUGUAUUUAUUUUUUAUAUCCAACUUUCCUAUAAAACAAUUGAAAUUAACUUUUAAUCAAUUGCAGAGUAAGUAUCGUUAGAAUUACUGUAGUAAUUGUUACAAUAUUAUAACAGUGUUUUCAAGUACUAAUGUAGGUCUGUGUUAGGUUAAUAUUUAUGCCCCCCUUCGAAGAAGAGGGGGUAUAUUGUUUUGCACAUGUCUGUCUGUCUGUCUGUCUGUCUGUCUGAAUGUAUGUAUGUAUGUCCGUCCACCAGAUGGUUUCUGGAUGAUAACUCAAGAACGCAUACGCCUAGGAUCAUGAAACUUCAUAGGUAGAUUGAUCAUGACUCGCAAAUGACCCUUAUUGAUUUUGAGAUCACUAGGUCAAUGUCACGGUGACCCGAAAUAGUAAAAUGGUUUCCGGAUGAUUACUCAAGAACACAUACGCCUAGGAUCAUGAAACCUCAUCGUUAGAUAGAUCAUGACUCGCAGAUGACCCCUAUUGAUUUUGAGGUCACUAGGUCAAUGGUCACAGUGACCCAAAAUAGUAAAAUGGUUUUCGGAUAAUACUCAAGAACGCUUACGCCUAUGAUCAUGAAACUUCAUAGGUACAUUGAUCAUGACUCGCAGAUGACUCAUAUUGAUUUUUAGGUCACUAGGUCAAAGGUCAAGGUCACGGUGACCCGAAACAGUAAAAUUGUUUCCGGAUGAUAACUCGAGAACGCUUUUGCCUAGGAUCAUGACACUUCAUAGGUACAUUGAUCAUGACUCGCAGAUGACCCGUAUUGAUUUUCAGGUCACUAGGUCAAAGGUCAAUGUCACAGUGACAAAAAACGUAUUCACACAAUGGCUGCCACUACAACGGACAGCCCAUAUGGGGGGCAUGCAUGUUUUACAAACAGCCCUUGUUGCAAUAAAAUUCUAUGUAACGUUCAUUUAUCAUGUAAUACCCAUAAUCUAUCAGUCAUCAUUCAUAUUCUGUUAUGCCAUUUGUGCAUCUAGGUUUUGAGUGUUAAACUUAUGUAACAGCAUCACAUUUCAUUAUCACAUCACAUUACAUCUGUUGUGCACUCAAACAUUGUAAUGCAAAACAUACGUUUAGACGUAGUGUUUGAAGUGA